GCCACUUACUUGAUUAUCCGCUCAGGCGUCGCUGUUCUUGUAGCUUCGACGAAUGCCUCAAAAAGCUAAAAAAAAAUCGCACUGAAGCACUUUAGCCAAGCUAGCUAGCUCGCUAGCUUCUCUUCAUAUGUGAUUCCCGAGAAGAACAGUGUGUCAGGACUGGAGCAGUAGUUCAUGGAAGACAAGAAAAGGAAAAAAGACGACAAAAGGAAAAGGGAUGCCUCUCAGAAGGGUGUAGAACAAAAAAGCAAAGGGUCAGACUUGACAAAGCCAGCGACAGCCCAGUCUCCUGCCACACAGAGCAGCUCUGCCUCCCCCAGCCCUGGACCCACCCCAUCUGCCUCCCCAUCCCCAGGCACCUCGAGCCCAGGUAGUGCUGCCACCCCUUCACAGGGCGGCAACAAUGCCAAGCGCCUGGCAGUGGCCAACGGACAGUCCACCACCACUACAAGUUCUUCCUCCACUUCUGGCGGAUCCAGUGCUGCUGGAACCGGCAGUUCAAGUAGCGGGGCCGGAUCCCAGGCGCCUCAACAGCAACCACGCUACAUGCCGAGAGAAGUGCCACCAAGAUUCCGCUGCCAGCAGGACCAUAAAGUGCUACUGAAGAGGGGUCAGCCACCACUGUCCUCCAUGCUGCUGGGAGGGGGAGGAGGGGAUGGCCCCAAUGCAAAUAUGGCUGCUGUUUCAGAUUCUGGUACAGCUGCCCCCUCAUUGGCCCAAACCUCAUCAGUUGCUGCUUCUACUACUACUUCAAAUUAUGCAAAUUCCACGUGGGGGGCUAGCUCUGGCAGCCAGACCUCCUCUCAGGGCAGGGAGAAGGUGAUUGUUGAUGGCAAUGACCUGGAGGAGUGGCCUAGCAUUGCUGGCACUGAGGGGGGAGGAGCUUCUUACGUUAGACCCGGCGGUGGUGGCAGCAACAACGGAAUGUCUGUGAACAGCAUCAGUGCCUCUGGCAACCAGUCCUCACCCAUUUCCUCAUUUUCUGUGCCCAAUGAAUGUAUGCAGUCGUCCAGCAGUGUGGCAUGGGCAAUGUCUGCCUCCCAGGGUCAUCUUGGAGGAGGGAAUGCAGUAGCUCCACCUGGGCCUCCACUACAGCAGCCCUCCUCGCUUUCCAAAGCCUCCGCCAUGCCAGGGAGCCACGAAGCCAGUGGCCCCGUCAAUGGCAGCAGCGGGAUUCCAGGUGCCAACUUCAAUCCAAAUGCCAACCCUUCGGCCUGGCCUGCUCUGGUGCAGCAGGAUGGGCCUGCUGCUGCUGGGGAAGGAGGUCCGUCUUCCUUUCUUCACCAGGGUCCUGGGGGGACUUUGUCUGCCAACAACUCUGCUUCCCAGGGGCUGGGAAGUGGGUCAGUUGGGGUGCUCGGGGGUCACCCACCUUUAUCUAAUCAAUCAAGCACCCAUCAGCACCAUCUUCACCAAAUGCAAUCCAGAGACAGAGAGAUGGGAGGGGGGAAGUGGGACAGUGAAUCAGCGGGACCAAAAAUUUCAGGGGGGGAAGGGAUUGGCGGAGGAAUGGACCAUAAUGUGGGAGGAAGUGGUAUGUCUGUGGGAGACCACAGCCUUUCCUCCUCAUGGAGAGGCCUGCCUUCUUACCCUGCAGCUAACUCCAAAACGGGUGCCUCAAGGACUGAUGGAUGGGAGGAUGGAGGAGGUGGCACUGCUGAGGGGGAUAAUGGAACCUCGGUCUGGGGAUUUCAGAGUUCCUCUAGUGGGGUUAGUUCUUGGGGCAGUGCUGGAAGUGGGAGAAAUAAUAGUCAAACCUCUCAGGGAGGAUGGGGGUCAUCAGGAGUAGGAGACAGAGUGGUAUCUGGUGGUGACUGGGGUGGAAGCUCCACUGGUAUUGCUGGUGGUAAUCCAGAAGGAGAAGGAAUAGGUGGAGGCUGCAGCAGUAACAGCAGCAGUAGUGGGGGCAGCACAGCUGGCAACCCACCUGCCACUUCCUCCUCUUCCUCUACAGCCACCACUAUGACCAGAGCUUGGGACAAUCAGAAAGGAGAGAGUGAAACAGGGGAAUGGGGUGUAGGAGUAGGGGGACAAGGAGCACAGGGAGGAUCUUCAUCCAGUAGUGGGAAUGUGCCUAAAAGCAGUCACAGUCGUUCUCGCCGCCAAGCACCUAAUGCUGAAGCUGCCUUACAGAACCUUCUCAACCGGUCUGAUCUGGACCCACGGGUCCUGUCCAACACAGGCUGGGGUCAAACACAGAUCCGACAGAACACAACCUGGGAUGUUGAAGAACAGGCAGCACAGAGUAAAGGUGGAUCAACAUCAGCAAUGUCGAAACAUCCAAAUUCACUUAGUGGUUCUUCUCAGUAUUCCGGUGCAUCCAGAGUGACUGAUUCCAUGGGUCCAGUGGUCAAUCCUUCCCUGGUUCCAUCUGCUGGCUCCUCUGGAGAGGGCUGGGAAAGCAGCAGCAACAGUAGCAGUAGUGGGGCCUCUUUGUCUGGGAGAGCCCCACCACCUUCAGGCCCCAACAUGAGAAAUCUUGGUGUCUCACAAUCUGGGCCAGUGACCACAACAGGACCAGCAAUGGGCUCAACAGUAAUACCUGGAAAUAACCAGCAGGGGAAAGCUACAGGUUGGGGUGGAGCUGGGAUGGGGACUAGUGAUAGCCAGGACACCAAGGGUUGGGGGGGUGAUGAGUGGAGGGACAGUAGUAGAGGAGGAUGGGGUGAUAUUGGGAAGCAGAGUGAUCCCGUCAGUGGAGGAUGGGGAGGAAGUGAAGAGAAUAAAGGGACCGAAGGGUGGAAAGAAAAAGCUGGGAAUGGGGGAGGAAAUGGGUGGGGAUCAGGCCACAAAGCUAAUACAGGUAGAGACUGGGGAGAGCAAGAGUCCAAAUCAAAUAGUGGGGGUGGAGGAUGGAAGGAUGAGAGGAAAAAUAUAGCAGGAAACUCAGGUGGGGAUUCAGGUGUGGGAGGUUGGGCUAGCUGGGAUGAUGACGCUCCCCGGAGAACCUGGGGAGCAGGAGGCACAGGAGGAGGUGGGAGUGGAGUAGGAGGGGUAGGUGUUGUUGGGGGAAUGGUGCCCAAAUCCCAUCACACCUGGAGUGGAGGAAGCAAAAUGCACCAGAUGCCAAACAGCCAGUCGGGAUCCAUUACAGGCCCACAGGCACAACAGCAACAAUCACAGCCUCACAAUCAGCAUCCACAACUACAACAAGCAUUGGACCAAGGGGCUAUGCAAGGUGGUGAGGGGAGGAAAAUUGUUCCUCAAGGCCAGAACCAGAGCCAAAGCUCAGGGUGGACCUCGGGGCCCAUUCCUAGUGGCCCCGGAGGAGGUGGAAGUGGAUCCGAACCAAGUGGCUGGGAGGACCCUUCGCCACAAUCUAUAAGCAGAAAGAACGAGAUAGAUGAUGGAACCUCAGCAUGGGGUGACCCGACCCAUUACAAUUACAAGCCGGUCAACCUGUGGGAUAAGAACAGUGCCCCUGCUACCCAGCAGCUGCACAGUAAGGGUCAGACCAAGCAGCUGCAACAGCAGGCACCUCAAGUUCAGCAGCAGCCUAACAGGCAAUCUGCAGGGCUUGGGGGUAACAGAGACUUCAAUACGGGGCCUGGGAAUGCUUCAUCUAUAGGUCCAUCAGGUUGGGGUGGCACAUCUCCAUCUAGGCCUACAGUAGAUAAUGGUACAGCAGCUUGGGGAAAGCCUACUGAGACCCCUACUGGAUGGGGCGACCCUGAAGAUGCUGGAGGGAAGACCGCAGGCUGGGGAAACCCUUCAAAUCCCAAUCCUAUCAAAUCUGUUUCGAAGUCUAUGCAAGAUGGUUGGGGCGACAAAGAAGGCUCUAUGGCAGCCACUCGCCACUCGAGCUGGGAGGAUGAGGAGGAUGGAGGUGGCAUGUGGAACAGCACAGGCUCCCAGGGAAGCAGCUCUUCUUGGGGGCAGGGAAGCAAUGGUGGCUGGGGACAGAACCACACUGGGAAGAAGCCCAACAACAAGGGUUCACUCAAGGCUGGUGGAGGAGACACGUGGAUGAGUCCAAUUAACAGACAGUUCUCCAACAUGGGGCUGCUGAAUGAUGACCCCAGUGGCCCAAACAUUGACAUGGCUCCAGGUUCUCUCCAAGAAAAGAAGAUGGAGUCAGAAAAAAGAGCAAUGGGAAUGAAUGACUACAGUGGCGACUUGAGAAAAGGAGGACGGGGGGGAGGAGGGGUAACCUAUCGUCCACCUGCUUCCAAAGAGGCAACACCUGGGGAAGCUGGGUCUUACUAUGACAAGACCUUGCCUUUGAUCAAUCAGGAUGGGUGCCUAGGGGAGGAGGGUCCUUACUCUCUGUACUCACCACCCACUGUCUACAAGCCCCAUUCUCUCUUCAACCACACUAUCCCCUUUAGACAAGGGGCUCACAGUGUCUUUGGCAGUGGUGGGAUGGUGGCGCAGUCAAGACACCAGCCAAGUGUCCUACCCAUGAACCAGUCCCCAGGGAUGCGGACGCAAGUGCCUCAUCAGUUCCUGUCACCACAGGUGCCAGGUUCUGUGCUGAAGCAAAUGCCCCCUCCCGCUGGGAGCUUGGGGGGCACCAGCAGCAUGGGAGGAGUAGCAGGAGUCGCAGGCGGUGUGUUCCCUCCACAGCUGUCCCCCCAGCAAAUUGCCAUGCUCAGCAGUAUCUACCCACCCCACAUCCAGUUUCAGCUGGCCUGUCAGCUACUCCUCCAGCAGCAGCAGCCACAACAACAGCAGCAGCAGCAGCAGCAACAGCAGCUAUUGCACAAUCAGAGAAAAUUUUCACCAAAUGUGCGGCAGCCGGCUGAUACUCAGCAGUUGGCCCGAAUCAUGGCAGUACUGAGGCAACAGCAGCAGAUCGGGGGUUUAAGUGGCAGCUCCAAACAUUCUCCUUCUCACCAUGGUGGCGUUGUCGGAGGGGGUCCCAAACUACCAGGAGCUGAUCCCACGGCCCACCCAAAUUUUGCAGGAUCAGUGGCUGACCUGCACCAGAAAACCCUUGGACCAUAUUCCAGCUUUGGCUCUGGAAUGAAUCUUCCUGGCCUUGAUCUUGGUGGGUCGUUGGUGGGGGGGUCUGGGGGCAUGAAGGAUCUGGGAGCUCAGCAGUCCCGCUUCAAAUGGAUGAUGGAAGGACACUCUUCACCAGACACUUCAUCACCUGAGAUUCUGUUUCACAAAAAUGGUUCUAUCACCCCCAUAAAGAUGCCUGGUGGCUCACCCUACUCGCAGUAUGAAAUGAUGGCUGGAGAUGGACUAAGUGACAACUGGCAUCGCACACCUGGCAAGAUGGUUACCAAGCCUCCCACCACUCCCAGUUGGCCCCCUGAGUUCCAGCCUGGUGUGCCCUGGAAAGGAAUUGACCGCGUUGACCCUGAAUCGGACCCUUACAUGACUCCAGGGAGCAUGAUGGGAAAUGCUGUAUCCCCCAGCCUCAAUGAUUCUGAGCACCAAUUGUUACAAGACAAUACUGAUUCCACCCCUCCCCUGAACACCUUGCUGCCUUCACCUGGUGCCUGGCCCUACAGUGCCUCAGACAGUCCCCUUAAUAACGCACACAACUCAGCAAAGUACACCGACUACAAGAACAGCUGGCCCCCAGAACCUAUUGGACACAAAUCGUCGUGGAAAGCCAGCCGUGCCAGCAGCCAGACCCAGCUGCCUCGGCCACCUCCAGGACUAGCCAGUCAAAAACAGUCAUCUCCUUCCCCUUGGUCCGGAGGAGCCCCACGAUUGGCUGGCCGGGGCUGGGGCAGUGGCUCAGCCACAUCAGGCUCCACAUGGAGUGAUGGCAGCUCUCGGGACAGCUGCUGGUUGGUGCUCAGCAAUCUCACACCACAGAUUGACGGCUCCACUCUGAGGACCAUCUGCAUGCAGCACGGCCCGCUGCUGACCUAUCACCUUGGCCUAACCCAGGGCACUGCUUUGAUUUGCUACAACUCCAAACAGGAGGCGGCCAAGGCCCAAAGUGCACUCCACAUGUGUGUUCUGGGUAACACCACCAUCUUGGCAGAGUUUAUAAGCGAGGAAGAUGUGGCUAACUUCAUUGCACAUUCCCAACCUGGAGGAUCAGGGAGCGGUGGAACCACAAGUGGCUCCACUGGCUCUGGGCCUGCAGCAGCCACUGUCGUGGUGGCUACUGGUAACGGAGGAAACUGCGAAAGAGGUGGAGUAGGAGGCAGCAGUGGCGGUGGUGGAGUUGAAGGAGGUCAGACAGCCGCAGGAGCAGGAAAUGGAGCUGCUAGCUCUGGGUGGCAGAGUCUGGACAGCACAGGCAGCUCAUCGGACCAGUCUGCCGCCCAGGCACCCGGGUUGGGCAUCUUUGCCCAGUGGAGCAGCAAUGGGACUGGAGUGGGUGGUGCUGGAGGUGUGGAGACUGGAAGGCAGGGUCUGUGGGGAGGAGUGGGAGGAAUGGGCAUGGCAGGGUACCCCAGCAGUAGCCUUUGGGGUUCCCCUGCACUGGAGGAUCGUCACCAGAUGGGCAGCCCUGCCUCACUGCUUCCAGGGGACCUCCUGGGGGGUGGUGCUGAUUCCAUCUGAGGGUCCAACUGACAUAAAUACACACAUACAUACAUAAAUAUUACACUCAAGUUGUAAUACUUGUCACUCUGUAUUUAUAUUCAUGCAGGAAUGACAUGGAUUUAAGCUACACUGGUCACCCAACACACGCACUCAACAUCCUAUCUACAGGCUACAUGCACACGUUUUCACACAUACACAUUAAACAGCGUAACUUUAAAUGAAGACAACAGUAAAACUUGAAGUGUGGGGGGUGAAAUCCAUUAAACUCUUUAGGACUCAACUGGAUAGCUCUUUGUACAAAUCCCACCAUCUGCAUUCAGAGACCCGUUCACUCAGGCAUGCACUGUAGACAGGCUCAGCCAGUCGUACAUGUCAACAAGUUUAUCUAUUGCUGUUUUUAGUGUGCCACUUUGUUUCUUUCAUAUUACUAUUUAAUGGUUGAUUCUCAAAAAUCAGACUUGCAGACUGAGCCUGUGUAGAACAUGCUGGCGUGCUUCCGACUUUUCACAUUUGGAAGCUCAAGAGUGGGGAAGGAUCUAGAGUUUGUGUCAGAGUCGGGACAGCGCCACACUACUGAGUCAAACGGACGACAGCAGCCUUUUGAGAUCUGGAAAAGGAGAGAGGGUUUUUACUAGGUACUGAAACCUCUACCUUGGUGGAAAUAUGCCAUCAACAUGGGACCCAGGGUAAAAGGAAAAAAAAAUCAAACCAACAUUAGCCAAACUUGCACUAUAUGCCUCUGGGUUUGUUGUUGACACAUCCUCCACAAAUCCCUCCAAUGCUGAAACAGAGCUACAAGGCAACAAACUACACAGACUUUCACAGGACAACUCAAUGUUACAACAGCAGUGGCCUUGGCUUAACACCCAGCGGCCAGUCACCCGCUAUGUCGGCAGCAUCACACCUUCUCAACAGUUACACACUGCUCUUAUAUUUGACAAGCAAAAUUGUAUCUCCUGGUUGAUGUACGCCGGUUGUUUAUCAUUAUUAUGAUUUUUCUUUAUUGUUUUAAAUGAAAAACGUGUGAAACCUUGUGGAAAAUCCAGAGAUGUCUUUUCAUUUUUGCCCUUCAAACACUGACCUCGCUAUUGUAUUUUUCUUACUCGAAAAAUCAAGUUGGUUAUUCUAUAUUGUCAUAAUGUUAAUGAUGACUAUUAUCACUUAUUUACUCGCUGUACAAGGUGCCCUCCUGCCUGCCUGUGUGUGCAUGAAAGGAGUGUUGACAGUAUGACAGAAGGGAGGAAGACGUGAUGAAGAUGGUGAUAUUGGAAGUGUGUGUUCUUGCUACAAUGUUGAAUGUUUUUCUUGUUGUUAUUUUCCCCCAUGUCCAUGAGAGAUUCACAAGGAAUGCAUGUGUGUCUGUGUGUUUGCUUUUGAUCACUGACUGCUCCAGUCAGGGUAGUGACAAGAGAAUGAAUGGAGUUAAUCUGACCGCUUGCAUUUGCAGAGAUGCUGUGUGUGUGUGUGGAUGUGUGCAUGCUUGUGUGCUUGACUGGAUUUUGUGACGGCUAAAAGUUCAAAACAUUGGCACUAUUGCAUAUGUCUCUUAAGUUGUUUUUUAGCAGCAUUUUUUUUCCUUUUUGUAUUUUUUUCCUGUCAACUGCAAUAAGAAUGACUAUUUUGUUUUAGGACAAAGAAACCAAUUGAAGGCAUUUCUGUUAAGAUGCCAAAUCCUAUCAAACCAAGCUGAGCUGGAACAGUGUUUUACAGACACGUUAAAGACAUUAUUUGUUAUUAUUUACUGCUUCUUUGUUUUUGUUAUGUAUCGGUUUAAGUUAAGUCAGUCUUUAUUAUCACUCCUGUUCAAAAUGUUUUCAUUUAUUUCAGAUGUUACAAAAUGGAGAGGAAAUUAAUUUAAAGCAGAAAAGAACAAGAUAAUAAAGGUUGAGUUGAAGUCUGUG